GCGAUUUGAAAAAAAUGAUUGGUUUCAAACUUUCAUAACAAAAUAUUAAUUGCACUUAGUCCAAAAUUGUUUCUUUGAGGCUCUUGAGUAAUUUCCGAAAGGCUCCACACUGAUUUACAUCUGGGUUCAAAGUUCUGCAACUCUGUGCCCUGUAGUUUUAGUAUUUUUUACUUUUCUGUCUGCAAUGGCGCUGUUGUACAAAGAAGUUGGCAUAAGAAAAAGACGGACUAGAUGUGAAUCAAUUGUUGUGGGUGGCUUGGUUGCAGGUGGAAUAGCUUGCCUCGUAGCUGGGAUUGUGCUGAUGAUCCAAGCAAACACAAUAAAAACCAGCGAGCAAUGUGAACCGCAGAAAUAUACACGAGCAAUUAACAGUGGCUGUGGAUACUCCGCAGAAGCGAGAAGUUCUGGGCUAGAGAGGUUCUUUCAUCAAGCUCAGGAACGGUUUUAUGAGUUAUUACCACACAAAAUCGCCUUUAAACCGGGCGUGACGUCAGAUGAAAUCCGCCAGCGUUAUAAAAGCUACGAUUCAACGCCAACGCAAAUAAAAUUUGUUACCGAUGAGAUUGCUAAGCUGACGAAAAGACUUGAAAACAUGAAGAUCAGAGACAACAAACUGACAUUAAGAGAAAAACGGGCGAAAGCGCAGCUCUCUCAUUGGAUGCGGCACGUGUUUCCAUACGGUGUACCUUUCGCCUACGAUUAUUAUUCCGGCGAUUGGCUCAUGGGACCGAAUAUUUUCUGCUGGUCAUCGAUUUGUUUCUUACCUAUGGAUGUGGGUAAAGCGUUGUGGCAUUUUCAACCGUCAUCUGUGAGUGAAAUGGAGACAUUAAGGAACAAAUUGAUGGAAAUAAACCAAACAUUUACCCAGUUUGUGGAAAACAUGAAGUUAGGCGUGGCUGCUGGAAUGGUUCGCACUGUGGAAGAGUGCAAAGCAGGCCUUGAUGGUUUGAGGUGGGCCUUCCGAGAUGUCGAUAUUAACGGUCCAGUAGGUAAAGAAAUAAAAAUCGUAUGUUGCCUAGUUAGAAUCCUCGAUGCCACGUACAUGAAGGCAAUUUUAGUUGAUGGAUUUCUGUCCAAGAUGACGUCAGGAGAAUUGGAUUUGUGGAAAGUCAAACACGGGAGAUCAGUGAACGAGUCAUUGAGACAGUUUGUUAUUGAGUAUGUUGGUGAGCCAAUUCAGCGUGCGUUAAGAUUGCUAGGAAUCCUCGAUGCCACGUACAUGAAGGCAAUUUUAGUUGAUGGAUUUCUGUCCAAGAUGACGUCAGGAGAAUUGGAUUUGUGGAAAGUCAAACACGGGAGAUCAGUGAACGAGUCAUUGAGACAGUUUGUUAUUGAGUAUGUUGGUGAGCCAAUUCAGCGUGCGUUAAGGUAUAUCGAAAAGGAACAUUUACAGUACUGCGCCCCGAGUGAGCUGUCCAGCGGCUUGGCAAACUUACCUCUUGACUUCAUUUACAUCAACGGAACGAAAACGAACAGAACGACAACGAAGACUCUCCCCACUGGUGAAAAACUUGAUGGGAAGGCCACCUAUCUUAAGCUUAUGCAGUACUUCACCACAACUGAAAAAACACCUGAUGAAAUCUAUGAACUUGGUUGGUCAAUUAUAAAUCGAAAAUACCCCGAGGUUUUAAGGCGAGGGCCAUCGCCUCUGAAUUAUCUCAAAGAAAGCAUUCGUAAGUACAUGGCAUGCGUGAAGGAUGCUAACAGUCAACCAGAUUGUGAAGAUUUUCUACAACCUCCAAAGAAUACAGCCAGCAUGGUUCCCCAGCAGAAUUUACAACAAAUGGACCAUCACUCCUUCAAAAUUUUUUAAGAACAAAUUAACUUAUCGUUAUUGAAACGUAAAGUAAACUAAGAAGAAUUGAUUAUUGAUUAAUAUUUUAUUUGUAACUUAAAGCUUGGUUCGACCUCUUAUACGACGAUUUUAGGGUUAUUAUAUAUGGACAGGGAUUUUCGUCGUAUGUUAGUUUACAGGGUUACAAAUUGUCUCUAGGGGUCCCGUUUCCAUGCAGUUUUCACAGUAGUAACAUGAUAUAGUAACUCUUCAGUAGAGUACGUUUUGUACGUUAGCGCAAACAGGCAAGAACUACUUUUCAUAAAUUGGAAUAGACAUUUCAGAUCAAAGUUUUUUGGCAGGAUAUGGUUUUUCCUUAGGCUCUUCUAACUUUUAAAACAGUAAACAUGUAAAACUGGAACUUCAGCCACGACCAGAAAUAUUGAUUAUGGUAGUUUUAGAUGUUAAUUUUAAUAACAGACAGGGCAGAGUUAGACGUUUUUGAAUUUUGGUAAAUUUUCGCUACAACAAGUAAGUUAGAAAGCCCCACUCGUUGUAGUAUUUCACGUAGACGUUGCCCAGCAACUAAUGUUUUUAAUAUACAUCAAAUAUGUUAUUAUUUGACUUCCUUUGCCGUCCGUGACUUACAAAGCGUCCGGCUUUGCGUAAGCUGAUGAGCAUACCUGUGGCUUUAUAUGGAAGUCUUCAAUCGCGCGCUAUAAACACGAUAGUCUGUCCACCUGUAUCUUAUGCAAGGGUAAAAGAUAUGGAUUCUCGUUCUUUCUCCUGAAAAAUUGAUUCUCUGUGCUAGACUAAAAUAGAUAAAUAAUGAUACCCUCUUCAGGUUCACAUAUGUUUAUGAAGUCGAGAACCGUGCCAUCCCCUUACAAGUGCCACCAAUCACCAGGCAACCAUUUUGUUGCCUUAAACGCGCUACCGUAGGCGUACGGGCUGGGAGGGGGGUGGGAGUAUUGCGGCCCAGAUUGUUGGUCGAGAAACGCUCUUUAAUAAUUUGUCUCGAAGAGAAUGAGGCUGGCUCGAUCUAAGAAAGAUUUUGACCCUGCAUGUACAAUCAAGAAACUCUAACAAUGUUCACUGAUUAUAUGAAAAGUGACCCAAAACAGAAAGAAUAGACCAGCAUCUCUAAAAUAUUUAACUUAAUUCCUGAAUUUGACUUUAGUAGAUAGUCCCAUCAGUAUUCUUAGCAUGCGAAUGGGUAACUGAUUUAAACUGUAAAAAGAUACGACUUUAUUAAACGUUUCUCAUUCGUUGA